UGUGUGUGUGUGUGUGUGUGUGUGUGUGUAUAUGCGUUUGGGUGUGUUAGUGUGAGAGAGUGCAGGUAUAAGAUAUUUGUUGGUUGCAAAUCCACGUGUGGGUAGUGAUUCAAUUUAGCAGCCGGCAAAGCAACCAUCAUGAGCAGCACACCCGGCAUGGAUCCUGCGCUGACGGUCGCGUCGCCAGCGACGCCUUCUCCAUCACUCAAAGCCUUUGAUUUUGAUUUCACGGGCUCCAAUUAUGAAAUGGAUCCCAGCAUUUCGGAGGAGGAACGGCGCUUCUAUUUGAAAAUGUAUCCCACAGUGGACGUGGUCAAUCAACGUAAAGUUCAUUGCACCGUUUGCCGUAUGCACCUUGGCACAGCAGUCAGCACAGAAAAUAACAUUAAAAUGCAUCCCAUACUGCGUGUGACGCACUGCAUCAAAUGUCAUGAUUUCUACAAUAGCGGAGAGUUUUCAAAGGGCGAAGAUGGCUCGGAGCUAUAUUGCCGUUGGUGCGGCCAGGGCGGCGAGGUAUAUUGCUGCUCCACCUGCCCGUAUGUGUUCUGCAAGUCGUGCAUCAUCAAGAACCUGUCCCGAGGCGUCAUUGUGGACAUUGAACAGAACGAGAACUGGAAUUGCUUCAAGUGCACUUCCAAAAUACUUUGGCCGCUACGCGCUCAACACUGGGCACUGGUCAACUACAUACAGACGCAAAAGAAUGGCCUUCAGUCCCUGCAGCUAUCCGAAUCGGAAAUGCGCAAGCAAACUCACAAAGACUACAGCACUUGUUGUCGCCUAGCUAAGGCGAAGGUGAAUAGCUUGUCGGAUUCCAUGGAGAGCUUGGAGUCAAAUACUUCCAAACGUAGUCAUAGCAGCUCUGUGAAUUCGGGCAAGAAGUCUGCCAAGCCACAGGGCCCGCCUGCUAAGCGUCCAAAGUCCUCCAAUGACGAUAUCGUCUGUACGCCCGAUUUGCUCAGCAUGCUGGAACCAGAUUGCCAAAUUUCAGUGGCACAGAAGCCGGCUCCUCGUUCGAAUAUAACACCUGCUUCCGCCAUCACGACGACGCCACGCAUCGUCACCGUGCAACAGAAUUACACCGGACCGCGGCCGAGUACGAAUGGAAGCUCGACCGCGAGUCCUCGCAGCAGUCUACCACCUCCGCUCGUGCUGAGCAGUUCGGGGAUACGUUAUCGCCAAUCCACGCCCAGUCAAGCCUCUGUAGUGCGACGCACAGUGGUGCCAAAUGCCAUACGCUCGGCGGGACCGGUUUUUCAUACCAUUAAUGGUUUUCGGGUCGAUCUCAAUAGUGCCGCACAACAGGACUCAUAUCGUCUACCUAACGGGCGGCUUAUACAGGUGAAGCGGCAAUUUCCAGCAGGCCAAUCACCACCAGCCACGACAACGGUAACACGUGCGCCCGUUCCAUUGACUCCACAGGUCAUCAUCAGGCAACAGCCGCCAACGGUCCAACCUCCACGGAUGCUGCAUCCUAACUUUGGCUCGAACAUGGGCAUCUACAAUCCACAGACCAAUCAACAGCAGCGUGCACCACAAGUGGUGCGCGUCAACAACGGCAGCCAAGUGCAUGCAAUCAACGUCGCCCCCCAACCCCAAGCAACUGCCGGCAGUGGGAACAGCAGCAAUGGUGGAGCGGGCGGUGGCACUACCAUCAUGAUGACGCCCGCAUCGGUGCCUAAAGCACCAACAUUGGUGCGCCACGUCUUCUCCACAUCGCCACUGGGCGCAGCGCGCACUCAGCUGCAAAAUCAAAUAUUUAACGCCAUGGAAAUCUGUACACAUCUCACGGGCAAGGUGCAAACAUUGACCAUGUCCAAUGCGUACAACGAAGCGCGCAGCUAUUCGGAUGUCAAGGAACUGUACAUACAUCUAUCCUAUCUGAUGACCUAUGCAAUAGGACGAUUUAAACAGCUGCAGGACAAAUGCUUGCUCGAUAUGCGAGAAAUGGGCUUCAAGAAUGAUGCCAACAGCCUGGAGAAUGGACAACUGGCAGCUGAGAAACAAGCCAGCGACGAUGAGGACAAUGAAAUCGAGAUUGUGGAGCCAAAGACGGACACGAUUACCAUUGAUUCGGAUAAUGAGGAGGAAACGCCUUCCGUGCCGAAGGUCAACCUGCCCAAGGGCCUGAAGAUCACAUCCGUUAAAUCAACAGCACCUGAAGCAGAGAUGAGUAAAAUGGACCCGGUUACUGCAAACAUUGAUCCAAAUGAGGAUAUUGAUGUGGCGGCCAUUAGCUCAUCGAUUCUGGCCAGUCUACUGGAAGUGGACAUUACCGAGGGCGCCGGCGAAGUCAAGACCAAUCAAGCCACCUCACCCGGUGGCACUCUACAGAAGAAGCAACCGCGCAAGAAGACGACGCACAAACCAAAUCCUGCCCUGCUACAGCUGGAGCGCCAGCGUAUGGAUGAGAUGAAGCGAAAUGAUUCGAAGCUCAAAAUGAAGCCAAUUGUCAGACUGGUUCGUGCCGAGGAACAGUUUGAGGUAGCACGCAAAUGGGUGGAGAAACAUGGUCAGAAAAAGAGUGAGGUGAAUGCUGACGAGCAGACGAUGGAGGAAGCUGGAAGUCACAAGGAAAGAGCUGUGGCAAGUGAUACAAAUGAGGAUAAAGCUAGUGAAGAGAAUACAGAUAAGGAGCAGAAGCAACUUGGAGAAGGGGAUUCGCCGGAGAAACUUGGCGAAGAGGAGCUGCUUGAGCCAAUGGACACAAGCGACGUAACUAAAUCUCAAACAGAUGAAGCAGAAAAGAACGAAGAAGAUGUAGAUAGAAGGAAAAAUGAAAAAGAUAAAGUCAGUAUAGAUAAUGAAAAUCUAACUGAUGUGGAAGAAAGUGAAACAGAAACAAUAAAAAAUCAAAAUGUGGAAGCAGCUGAAGCUAUGGAAGAAGAUACAGAAACUGCGCUACAUGAAGAAGGCAGUGAAAAUAAUGAAGAACAGAAGGAAGCCAAGCAAGAAGGGAAUGAACAAAAAGAGGGAGCGGAACCUGUAACUGCAAUAACCGGUGAAGCAUCAAAGGAUGUUGCUCAAGCAGCUCCUGCAGAUGAUGAUGCGAAAGAUGAGACAGCUGAAGAGGCACUUUCUCAUAAAGAGCUUGACAAGGAGAAUACAGAUAAUGUUGAAGAUGAGCAGAAAGAGGAUAGAGUAGCUUCCGAAAUAGAGCUGGAUAAGCAAACAAAAGAAGAUAUAAACACAGAGAAGAAUGAUGAUGCAGCACCUACUACAACGACACAAGAAAAUGAAGAUGCAACUGAACAGAAAGAUGAACACAAGGACUCUGAAACGGAGCUGGCGAAGCAAGCUUCAGAGGAAGCUGCUGAUAAGACUGAAGCUCAGACAGACAAAGACAAUACAGAUACAAAAGCUAUCGAAAACGAGGAAACGGAUUUUAAUGCAGCCACCAGGAGCAGCUCACAGCCAGCGGCAGCUGCAACAGAGCAGGAAGCUGCAGAGAUUCCUGCGAGCAGCAGUCCAGCCAAGGAAAGCAUUGAGAUAACAGACGAGGAGGAUCAGCUGGCCCCACCCUUAGAGCUGCAAUAUGAUUGCAGCGCUAGCUUAGACUAAACACAAAUCUGCCAGAUGCUUAAAACAUAGAAAUGCUAAAAUUAAUUAUUUAAUUUUAAUUUCAAUCGUAGGCUCGAAUCUAGUUUGUUA